AACUCACUCAAAAUUUUCCAAUUGUAUACCAACUAUAUCUUUGGACGACCAACAAAUUACAUCAACAACUACUGUACAAGACUAAGCAACCCAAUGGAAAUUAAAACUUAAAGAUACUAUAACUUUGAUUUUUGAGACGGAGUGGUGGAGCGGUUCUAGGCUGCCGCUGCUCCAGGAGGAGAGUGAGGAAUUCAGACGCCGCUUAGGGAUUGUCUUCAUUUUUGAGAGAUAGAAGAAUGGGGGAGAAGAUGGCGAUGGCUGAACUCGCCGGCGACGCCAACAAGGAAGAAGAGAUAGAACCGACAAGGGGCUCUUUUGUUAAUUAGUUGGACGGACUUUCAUUUUGGCCUAAUUACUUUAAUAAUUAACUAGUUACUUAAAUGAAGCUUAAUAAAGUUUAUAUGAGAAAUACUAAAUAAUUGUAGAGGAAUAUUGAUUGAAAACAUAGAGUAUAGUCUCUAGUCCUCUAAUAUUUUCGGGGAAUAUGAUUAUUAGUUUAGAAAUAGAAAGAAAAAAAAAAUCACAAUUGUCUUCUUUCGCAUUGGAUAUUUUAAGGUAACCACACGGCACACAUAUUAUCUCUUAGUCAUGUAACAUAUCUCUAUUUGUAUAGAUUGCCUUCGUAAUGUAUAUAAAAUAAUUAUUCCUACACUUCCUUCCAAUCAAAAUCAAGUGGCUUUAUAUUUUUAUGUAUUCAUGUUGUCUGUCAAAUACCAUGCAAACUACAUCAUCUUUGAGCAAAUGCAUUGUGAAUGUGGAUUGAACUUGAGAGCAAAAUGUGCUAAUGUUGAACCUACUGAGAAGCGGAAGAAGGACAGCCUCUUCAUUGACAAACGUGGAAAUUUGAGACAUUUCAACCAUAAAAAGGUUUCGAGGAAAAAAGGAGGUUCAUUGAGAGGUCAGGGAUGGAAGUAUGGCUCCGGAUUUGUAGAUGGGAUUUUCCCAGUUUUGAGCCCAAUCGCGGAAGAGAUACUCAACUUCGUGCAAAAAGAAGAGAAUGUUAGCAGAAUUUGGUAUUCUUUGGACACUCUUCCUCCUACUAACACUACUUGGGAUGACCUCAUCAACAUUGCAGUUCGAUUUCGUUUGAACAAAAAAUGGGAUCCAAUUAUUGUGAUGUGUGAAUGGAUGUCACAACAAAGCACGUUCAAGCCUGAUGUUAUCUGCUACAAUUUGCUCAUAGAGGCUUAUGGUCAGAAACUACAGUUCAAGAAGGCUGAAUCCAUCUACUUAGAGCUCGUUGAAGCUCGUUGCAUCCCUACACAGGACACUUACGCACUUCUUGUUAAGGCGUACUGCAAGGGCGGGAAGCUAGAGCAUGCUGAGGCUGUCUUUGCUGAGAUGCGAAGAAACGGCUUUCCACCAAGCACCAUUGUUUAUAAUGCCUAUAUUGAUGGGCUAAUGAAAGCAAGAAAUUCUCAGCAUGCUCUUGCUGUAUUUGAAAAGAUGAAGAGAGAUAAUUGUGAACUAAAUGCUGAGACUUACACUAUGGUGAUCAACUUAUAUGGGAAGGAGAAUAAAUCUUAUAUGGCAUUAGAGAUGUUUCAAGAGAUGAGGACUAACAAAUGUAAGCCUAAUAUUUGCACAUACACUGCUUUGGUGAAUGCGUGUGCUAGAGAUGGGCUAUGUGAGAAAGCAGAAGAGAUUUUUGAACAGCUACAGGAAGCAGGGCUUGAGCCUGAUGUCUAUGCCUACAAUGCUCUCAUGGAAGCCUACAGCCGUGCAGGUUUCCCUUAUGGCGCCGCAGAAAUCUUUUCCCUCAUGCAACAAAUGGGAUGCGAACCGGACAGGGCUUCGUAUAACAUACUGUUGGAUGCUUAUGGUCGAGCCGGUCUCCAUAAAGGCGCGCAAGCAGUGUUUGAUGAGAUGCAGCGUCUCGGGAUAGAACCGACAAUGAAAUCCCACAUGCUGCUGAUAUCAGCCUACUCAAGAGCGGGCGACGUCCUGAAGUGCGAGGAAAUGGUGCGGCGGAUGCAGGAGUCGGGCAUGAAGCCAGACACGUUCGUUUUGAACGCUAUGAUGAACUUGUACGGGCGGGUAGGGCAGUUGGGGAAGAUGGAGGAGGUGCUGAGCACGAUGGAGGACUGCAAGCCCGAUAUAAGCACGUACAACAUCCUGAUCAACAUGUACGGACGCGCAGGUUUCGUGGAGAGGAUGGAGGAGGUGUUCUCGUCGAUCGCAUCCAAGAAUUUGAGGGCGGAUGUGAUGACUUGGACAUCUAGGUUGGGGGCAUACUCGAGGAAGAAACAAUAUAUGAGGUGCAUUGAGAUAUUCGAAGAGAUGAUUGAUAGUGGUUGUUAUCCAGAUGCUGGAACUGCUAAAGUGCUGCUAUCUGCUUGCUCUACUGAAGAUCAGAUUCAGCAAGUUACUACUCUUAUUAGAACUAUGCAUAGGCAAACUUUGCAGCCUCAGCUUCUUACUUCCAACUCUAAAACUUGAUUAGGGGUUUCAACCUCAUUAUAUUGUAUUUUCUCAAAUUUUCUAUACAAAUAGAUGUAAAAAAAAACAAUCUAAGAAUUUA